AUGUCUCGCGCACUCGCCAUUGUCGCGGCCCUCCUGCUGGCCGCCGCCGCGGUGGCGCCGCUCGCCGACGCGGCCAGCAGCGCCGAGUCCAUCCCCUUCGCCAAGGAGGUCGCCGGGGGCGCCAGCGCGGUCGAGGAUGCCGGUGCGCAGGGCGCCGCCGCUUUCGCCGGCGCCGGCCAGACCGCCGCGUCGGUGGUCGACCCCGACCCGUCCAGCGGCAUCAAGGCCGACCCGUCGCCGGCCAGACGCUAG